AUGACGGAUCGAGCGAAUUGCUCAACUUCAACGACGAACUGGCGUCAACCAAAACCUCUUGCCACAGAUGUUCUUGAAAAACCAGCUAGGUUGCUUCCCAAAAUGAAACUAGAAGAACUAGUGACAGUAAUGCUAUUAACAGUUGCUGCAAUUGAUCAAUAUCUUCCAAUUGGUUUGGUUCUUGCUGGAGUCCUUCUUGUAUAUAUUACGGUUGUUCAUGGAGAUUUUAUUUAUAGAAGUUAUCUGACACUUAAUAGAGAUUUGACAGGAUUGGCAUUGAUUAUUGAUGUGAAAAUCGACCUGUGGCUGAGGUUGCACAAAAAUAAAGGAAUUCAUGAGUUAUUUUUGGAUAUUGUUAGAAAGUAUCCAAACAAACCAGCAAUGAUUGACAUUGAGAAAGAAACAACUGAAACUUUUGAGGAGUUCAAUGCUCAUUGUAACAGAUAUGCUAACUAUUUCCAGGGACUCGGUUACCGAUCCGGAGAUGUCGUCGCUCUUUACAUGGAGAAUUCAGUAGAAUUCGUUGCUGCCUGGAUGGGUCUUGCAAAGAUCGGAGUAGUUACUGCAUGGAUCAAUUCGAAUUUGAAAAGAGAACAACUUGUUCAUUGUAUAACUGCCAGUAAAACGAAAGCUAUUAUUACAAGUGUCACACUGCAGAACAUGUUAAUUGAUGCCAUCGAUCAGAAGUUAUUCAAAGUAGAUGGUAUUGAUGUUUAUUCAGUUGGAGAACCAAAGAAGAAUUCUGGUUUCAAGAAUCUUCAGAAAAAGCUGGAUGCUCAAGCGAUAUCCGAACCAAAGACAUUAGAUACAGUUGACUUCAAAAGUGUUCUUUGUUUUAUCUAUACAAGUGGAACAACGGGAAUGCCAAAGGCUGCCGUAAUGAAGCACUUCAGAUACUACUCGAUUGCUGUCGGAGCAGCCAAGUCAUUCGGAAUUCGGUCAUCUGAUCGAAUGUAUGUUUCCAUGCCUAUCUAUCAUACAGCUGCUGGAAUCCUCGGAGUUGGACAAGCUCUUUUAGGAGGAUCAUCUUGUGUCAUCAGAAAGAAGUUCUCAGCCAGCAACUUUUGGAGAGACUGUGUCAAAUACGACUGUACUGUUUCGCAAUACAUCGGAGAGAUUUGUCGGUAUCUUCUCGCUCAACCUGUUGUUAAAGAGGAAUCCGUUCAUAGAAUGCGACUUUUGGUUGGAAAUGGUCUUCGUGCUGAAAUCUGGCAACCAUUUGUCGAUCGUUUCCGCGUUCGAAUCGGAGAAUUAUAUGGAUCUACAGAAGGAACAUCUUCUCUUGUUAACAUUGAUGGUCACGUAGGGGCUUGUGGAUUCUUGCCGAUUUCUCCAUUGACAAAGAAAAUGCAUCCGGUUAGAUUGAUUAAAGUUGACGAUGUAACCGGAGAAGCUAUCCGAACUGCAGAUGGAUUGUGUAUUGCAUGUAAUCCUGGAGAAUCUGGUGCAAUGGUUUCUACUAUCAGAAAGAAUAACCCACUGCUUCAGUUUGAGGGAUAUUUGAAUAAGAAAGAGACAAAUAAGAAGAUUAUUCGAGAUGUUUUUGCUAAAGGAGAUAGUUGUUUCCUCACUGGAGAUCUUCUCCAUUGGGAUCGAUUGGGAUAUGUUUACUUCAAAGAUCGUACUGGUGAUACUUUCCGUUGGAAGGGAGAGAACGUAUCGACUACGGAAGUUGAGGCCAUUCUUCAUCCAAUCACUGGAUUGUCAGAUGCAACAGUUUAUGGAGUUGAAGUGCCGAAACGCGAAGGAAGAGUUGGAAUGGCUUCAGUGGUACGAGCAGUUUCGAAAGAAGAAAAUGAGAGUGAAUUCGUUCAAAGAGUAGGCGCAAGACUUUCAUCAUCUCUUACGAGUUACGCGAUUCCACAAUUCAUUCGAAUUUGUCAAGAUGUUGAAAAAACAGGAACAUUCAAACUGGUCAAAACAAAUCUGCAGCGUAUUGGAAUCACGGAUAUUCCAUCUGAUUCCAUCUACAUCUUCAACUCUGAAAACCGUAUAUUCGUACCGUUCGACAACGACUUGAGGUGUAAAGUGUCGCUAGGCAGUUAUCCAUUUUAA